AUGCGUUUCUCUCUCGCUGCUGUUGCUUUCGCCGUUGGCGCCGUUGCCUCCCAGGCUGUCACUGAAACCCUCACUGACUACACCACCUACUGCCCUGAGGCUACUACUAUCUCCUACGGUAGCCACACCUACAGCAUCUCUACCCCCGGCCACAUUACUCUGACAAACGGCCCUUACACUGUCACUCGUCCUCUGAUCACCCAGACCGUGACCCAGUGCAACAAGUGCUCUUCCUCUACUCCCAUUCCCACUACUCCUGUCUCCAUCCCCGUCUCUAUCCCCGCCGGCUCCGCCACCUCCACCCCUCUGAUUCCCAGCGGUGCCGGUCCCACCGGUGUGCCCCCUGCCGCCUCGUCGCAGCCCGCCUUCAACGCGGGUGCCGUCAAUGCUGCUACUGGCGCCGGUGCCGGUCUGGCCGCUGUCUUCGGUGUCGCCGCUCUCUUGCUGUAA